CUCUGAACCAUAUUUGCAGCCGGAAACAUUUUACGGUAACGCAGGAAGUGAAUCUGUCAAAUUACAAAACUUUAGAGUAAGCUUGGCCCGUGUACUGAAACUAACGUAUUUUUGUUGGCGUAAAUUAAAACGAAAACAUUUCAGCAAAUAACACAUCAUUGAGGUAUCAUAUUAUUGUCAGAAUAAUUUUGGUUUCCGUUUAUAAAAAAUCUGCACCAGCAAAUCUGAGCUCAGGUCAAAGUCUGUUGACGCACUGAGCUGACUGAGGGAGAUCACUUCGCUGGCAUAGUCGCAGAUCUCUUGGAUAUGGCAGAUCCCGAGCCGACGCCUGGGGACGGUCUCCCCAAAACUCUGAACUUUAACGUGGGAGUGCUGGGACAUGUGGACAGCGGAAAGACGUCUCUGGCUCGAGCUCUGAGCAGCACCGCGUCCACGGCGGCCUUCGACAAGAACCCGCAGUCCAAAGAGCGCGGUAUUACACUGGACCUGGGGUUCAGCGCCUUCACUGUUCCCCUGCCGGAGCACAUGAGGCAGAGCUGUGGAGAGUACGACAGCCUGCAGUUCACACUGGUGGACUGUCCAGGACAUGCCUCCCUCAUUCGCACCAUCAUUGGCGGGGCUCAGAUCAUUGACCUGAUGUUGUUAGUGGUCGACGUUGUGAAAGGCAUGCAGACGCAAACAGCAGAGUGUCUCCUGAUUGGUCAGCUCACCUGUUCACACAUGAUCGUCAUCCUCAAUAAAACAGACCUGUUGCCCAGUGACAAGAGACAGAGUGCCAUUGAGAAGAUGACCAAGAGGAUGCACAAAACUUUGGAAAACACUAGAUUUAGAGGUUGCCCAGUCAUUGCCGUGGCAGCAAAGCCAGGGGGACCCGAGGCUCCAGAUACAGCUGAAGCGCAGGGAAUCACUGAGCUCAUAGAGCUCCUAAAAUCCCGGGCGUUCCUACCUCAGAGAGACCCAUCUGGUUCUCUGCUCAUGGCAGUGGAUCACUGUUUCUCCAUCCGUGGCCAGGGAACAGUCAUUACAGGCACCAUCCUGCAGGGGGCACUGCAUGUCAAUGAUACACUUGAGAUACCUGCACUCAAGGUGACUCGGAAGGUGAAGUCGAUCCAGAUGUUCCGUAAGCCAGUUCCUAAUGCGAUGCAAGGAGAUCGGGUCGGUGUGUGUGUUACACAGUUUGACCCAAAGCUGCUGGAGAGAGGGGUGGUGUGUACCCCUGGUUCACUACAUACCAUUCAUGCUGCCAUUAUUUCUGUUCGGAAGAUCGAGUACUACCGUGGUGCACUUAGCAGCCGUGCAAAAUUCCACAUCACUGUUGGACAUGAAACAGUCAUGGCACGUGUGUCAUUCUUCAGCCGGGCUCCUCUAAGUGCUGACUCAGGAGCAGCGUCUCCUACAGAACAGAGCGCAGAGGCUUUCUCAUUUGACUGGGAGUUUUGCCACCAAGAGGAGUAUUUGACUGGCCAGGGAGAAGCUGAGGGGCGGGAUCCAGCGCAGUGGGCAUUAUUAGAGUUUGAACGACCUGUCACGUGUCCACCACUCUGUUUGGUGAUUGGCUCACGGCUGGACUCUGAUAUCCACAGUAACACAUGCAGACUUGCGUUCCACGGAAAGCUGUUGGAGGGCUUCGAGGACAAAAACUAUGUGGACAGUGCAUUGCCCAGGCUCAAAAUCAGUAAAGACAAGCACAAAGAAGGAGCAGUGGAACGGGUGACAGACGACUACACUGUGAUUGGUAAAAACCUGUUCAAGAAAGAGACCAACCUUCAGCUGUUUGUGGGGUUAAAGGUCACGCUUUCUUCAGGAGAGACAGGGGUCAUUGAAGGCAACUUUGGACAGAGUGGCAAAAUCAAAAUUAGAGUUCCAGAGGGACUGAAAGAAGAAACAAAGCAACUCCUCUCUUCUUCCUCCAAGAAAAAGGGAAAGGGCGGUGCUAAAAAUGAACCGCCUAAAGAGGAGAAUGCCAAAGUGGACUCUCAGCCUAUAACCAUUCAUUUGAAUUUUAAAAGAUAUGUUUAUGACCCCCAUAAAAAGAUGGUGCAGUCUUGAUUUUUGCAGCACUAAUUGUUAUGGUAGAGACUCAAGCUCAGGGUAAUCAUCUGAGCAGUCACCUGAGGUGCUGUGCCCAUGAGUGUGGCAGGAAGUCUGAGUACGUAACCCUCUGGUUGGCUAUCUGUUACUUUGGAAUCUUGCUGUAGUUCCCCUGUAAUAAAACCCAACACUAGAGAAAAUACUAAAUUAUAGAAGGCAUUCUUUCUCUCUUAUUUACAUGCUUUGGAAUAUUUUUUUAUUCUAGUUGUCAAAUCCAUUAUCCAUAUAUUUCUAGUUAAUUAUCAAAUACUGUAUAUUGCUUGAUGCAUAUAAUUAAGGGUGUUUGCUAUACUUGCUUAAGUGGCAUUUUAGUAUAACACAAAAAAACAGCUAAAUUAUUUUUGCGCAUAUGUUUCUCCUAAAAGCUUAAAACCUACUUCUAGAAAUGCUGAUGGCUAUAACCCUUUCUGUGCAUGUGUGUCUCAGGCCUUUCCUGUGUUCUGUACUAACAUUAAUGAAGUGAAGCAAAGUUGAGUUUCUUUUAUUAAUUACAACAGGAAGAGAGAGGGAAUAUGCUGCUAAACACUGCAGGGCCUCCGAACUCUGUGUGUGUGUGUGUGUGUGUGUAUUUGUGAGUGUGAGAGAGAGAGAGAACCUGUGUUAGAUACGACAGCUUGAGUCUGUUAACCUUUCUAAUCGGGGUCCUUCAUCAGAAAAGUCCUACACAGCACCUGUUUAAUAUUCAUAAACAAGUGGACAGAAAGGAAAGUGGAGGAAAAGUAGGAAAAUGGGCAGUGAGGAAAUGAAAACAGAAAAUGUCCCGUGAGAUUAAAACUACUGAUUGGCUGCUUCCUUCGCCCUGAACCUUGACUCACCUUCAAAUGAGACUUAAGUGGGACAGGGGAACAUACUGUGUGUUAGUCAUCACUAACAUUAGCACAGUCUAUUUCUUAAGGUGGGAGGUAAUUGAAGUUAGUGUGUGUAUGAGAGAGAGAUAAUGAUCUCAUAAAGAAACUUUUUUGUAUAUGUACGAUUGUCUAUUAAGAAUUCGUAGAGCAUGGGUUCAACACAACUGACUGUUGGUUCGAAAGAGAGAGAAAGCAAGAUUAUUGCUUGGUCUGAGACCAGGUCUUACUUUAAUUGCACUCAUACAUGCAAUCACUCCCUCUCUAUCCAAGUGACAGGAUUGAAUUAAAAUCACAAAGUCAAAAUU